AAAUGCAAGGGAAGGGAUAAUAUAAAAAGGCUAAUGGAGAUUAUUAUGAUGGAGAUUUUGUAAAUGGUCGAAUGCAUGGAAAGGGUUAAUAUAAAUGGGCUGAUGGAGCUGAAUAUUUAGGUGAUUGGAAAGAGGAUAAGCGAGCAGGAAAGGGCCAAAUGAAAUUUGCUGAUGGAUCUUUAUAUGAUGGAGAAUGGCUUAAUGAUUAAAGACAUGGAUAAGGGCAAUUUAAAUCAGCUGAGGGUCAAAGAUCGAAUUGUAAAUGGCUAUUUGACAAAUAAAUGUGA